AUGUCAUCGCCAUCGGUGCACCGAAGCUCCUCACACGACAGGGCCGGACUACGCUCUGCUCUCAAGAAAGAUCACGUCCACCCUGAUCCGCGGCCCGACCCUACCGAGGAUGGAAGGACUCUGGCCGAUUCGCUCGGUAUCGACCCCAAGGUAUCCUCCCACUCGGACGGCAACACAAUUGGAUCUCCGCCGCACGCAAGUGGUGGUGCGCCAGUUGCCUCCGGCUCGUACCCGCCCAGCGAUCCCACGUCUGGGGCCCCGUCUGGUAGCGCCACUUCAUUUUUAGAUCCUUCGGAUGCCGAGGCAAAGAAGAGCUCGUCGAGCCUUAGUUUGGCCCCCACGUUUCAGCGGCGCGUCGGCUUCGACACGUUUGACUCCGAGGAGGUCGAGGGAAGCACGGGCGGAGGAACAGGUACGGCCCGCGGUCUCAUCAAAAGGGCUGCAGCGAGCAUCUGAACACUGCACCAGUACCAUAUCGCUAAUAGCUGAUUCUGGCUCUCACCACCGUGUUCCCAAAAUUUUGUGACGAUCUCUCGACUUGCGGGGAUUCGAUCGACACUCUCAGGAGUGAGUUACUCGUUCACGAUUGGCGCCAAAUCAGCGUCGUACUGCCGCGCGAGGUACACCCGCACCUUUCUAUGCUGCACCGAUCUAAACGGUGGGUCUGUAUUCAGCCUUUGUCUUCAAUGAUGGCGUGAAAUGCUGAUCACAGCUCACGUCGUAGAGUAUUCUGUCCACGCCCUUGACUGGCUACUGACCAAUCUCGUCGAGGACCACGACGAAAUUGUCGUCUUGCGAGUCAUCGAACCCGGAUCUUCAGCGCAUGCCGCAUGGAGGGCGAGUAUAGAAAAGGCGAAGAGGGAGGCCGAAAGGGUGCUGGAGGAAGUGAUGCGCAAGAACGGCGAGGAGAAACAGGUCCGUCCGGCCUCCUCGAUUGCUGCUCCGAAGACCGACUAAUAUCCUGAUCAGCGGAUUUUUCCGGGACAGAUUUCGAUCAUUGUAGAGUUUGCCAUUGGUCCUAUUGAGGAGACGAUUCAUAGGUGCGAUUCCCUGUUUGAAAACACGAAACGUCUCACCAAUACCAAUACUAUGCCUCUCCUCAGGAUGGUCGAGAUCUACGAACCGGAUUCGCUGAUCGUGGGUACGCGUGGGAAGCAAGAAUCGCUAUUCAAGCCGAUGAUGGGCUCCAUAUCCAAGUAUUGUGUGGCGCGUAGCCCCGUACCUGUUGUGAGUUUUACAUUCGUUUGUCCAUUGGGCGUGCCAGAACAACCCCCCCCCGGGUCUCAAGGCUGAUCUGACUGCGUGUUCACCUCGUAUCGCGACAGGUCGUUGUCCGUCCCGAGGACAAAGUGCAGGCAUCUCUCAACGCUCGCCGCAGCGACUCGAAGCGUCAAAAGCACCUCUACCAGCUUUACGACGACGCGCGAGCGGCCGCAUCGACGCCGGCGUUGCAGGGGUCAGCUUUAGAACGUAGUACAACGACUACACCAGCCGCUGCCGCUUCCGCGGAGAGCAAGCAGGAAAAGAAGGGAACCAAGUUGCAAAAGUUUGAUACGUUUGGAUGA